CCUGUCAAAUCACACUGUCGGCGACGCGCAGGCGGAGGACUUACAUAAAAAUCCUCCGGGGAGAUUUUUUUAUUUAACGUCUAAAAGUCACGGUAUUUGCGGUAAACCGGAGAGGAUAUACAUAAAGGGGCGGAGGAUGAAAAGUCGUGUUAGUUAGCAGACGUUUUGCGGGAGUUUGGAGCAAAUAACGUGUGCAGAGGGAAGUUUUUCUACCCGAACCGAGAGGACGGUAAAGGGGAUUUCACCGUCUCAUACUUUUUAUUGUUUGUGUCAUUUUGUUUUUUGAGGGAUGUGAAUCUACCGAGUUGGAGCUGUUAACGUGUUCCUAAUAAGACGGGAGAAAGCCACUUUUUAUUUAACCUUACUUUGUUGAACUCACCAUGCUGACGAACACGGCGCUAUACGCUGCAAAGAAACGGAAGAAGCCGGUGCAGAAAAUACCCAAACCUCCUCCUCCCGAUGGCAUCAAGUCCAACCCGUCCAAGCGGCAUCGCGACCGCCUCAACGGCGAGCUGGACAAACUCACGAGCCUGCUGCCGUUCACCGAGGACGUCCGGGCGCGCCUCGACAAACUGUCCGUGCUGCGGCUCAGCGUCGGAUACCUGAAGGUCAAGAGCUUCUUCAACGCCUCCAUGAAGAAAGGGCAGAACGGCUCCAGCUGGAGCAGCGAGCGGAGCCUCAUGUUCGGAGGAAACGUCCAGAAUGCUCGGACCCCCCCCACGCCCUCUCUAUCCUCCUCCCAGGUGACCUCCAUCGAUGGAGUCAACUUCUCAGAGGGAGACCUGCUGCUUCAGGCGCUGAACGGCUUUGUGUUGGUGGUGACGGCUGAAGGCUACAUCUUCUACACAUCCCCCACCAUACAGGACUUCCUCGGCUUCCACCAGUCGGAUGUGGUCCAUCAGAGUGUGUUUGAGUUGAUCCACACCGACGACCGCGCUCUCUUCAGACGGCAGCUCCACUUCGCUCUGAACCCAAACAGCGGCCAGCAGGACGCCCUGAGCCCCGGAGAGCAGAGCUCCGCCGAGAUCACCAGUAAGGUGGUGACGUACGACCCAAAGAACAUCCCCCCCGAGAACUCCUCGUUCCUUGAGAGGAACUUCAACUGCCGCUUCCGCUGCCUGCUCGACAACUCCUCCGGCUUCCUGGCGCUGAACUUCCGCGGCCGGCUGAAGUUCUUGCACGGUCAGAACCGGGUCUCGGAGGAUGGGACGCUGGUGCCGUCGCAGCUCGCUCUGUUUGCCAUCGGCAUACCGAUGCAGCCGGCAACCAUCCUGGAGAUCCGCACCAAAACGCUCAUCUUCCAGACCAAACACAAGCUGGACUUCACUCCACUGGGCAUCGAUCCCAGGGGGAAGGUGGUGCUGGGUUACAAUGAAGUGGAGCUCUGCAUGAAAGGCUCCGGCUACCACUUCAUCCACGCUGCAGACAUGAUGCACUGCGCCGACAACCACGUCAGAAUGAUAAAGACCGGAGAGAGCGGCUUCACCGUCUUCAGGCUUCUGGCUAAAAGUCGGAUGUGGGUUUGGGUGCAGGCCAACGCCCGGGUGGUGUUCAAGGCGGGGAAACCCGACUUCAUUGUGGCCCGGCAGCGAGCGCUAACAAAUGAAGAAGGGGAGGAGCAGCUGCGCCUCCGUCAGCUGCAGCUGCCGUUUAACUUCGCCACCGGAGAGGCGGUUCUGUACGACGUCGCUCCCACAGUGGAAGUGCCGGACCCCUGCUCCGCCCCCAAGCAGAGGAAGCUGGAUAGCUACACAGUGAGCCGCGACUCCAUACUGGGCUGCAUGCUGAGUCAGGACCAGUCCAUCUACUGCGAACACAACGGGAAUCUCAGCUCCAUCGGCGACGCCGCCUUCAAGGACACGCGCGCCACCGUCAGCGUCCCCGGGGACGUGUGGCAUCUUACUACAGCCAAACCCGUGAUGGGCAGCCUGGUGAAGUCUGAGGCCACGGUGCAGGACAUGAUGGAGACCCUGCAGCAGAUCCUGGGGGACUCUGAGCUCAGCGAGGCCCUGGACGUGGGGCCCGAUGAGCUGAAGAGCUGGGAGAGCACGCUGCUGAAGAUGAGCAACAGCAGCAGCUGUGAGAUGAGGGAGGACCUGGACGAGAUCCUCAGCAACGACAUCCUUUCCUACGUGGAGGAGCAGCUGCAGAAGGAUGGCGGGCUCAAUCUGCCCGAUGAUGGACCAGCAUGCAUGUCUGCUUUGGACCUCCAGAGCCAGAUUCCAGAGCAGGACUUUGGCUGGGAUCUGGAGAACCAGCUGAUCCCUAACGGACAGCCGACUCCUGGCCUGGGGAUGAUGAAGCUCUCCCACAUGGAUGUUCCUCAGUUGAGGUUAAAUGGCCCCUCCCUGCAGGAGACGCUCCCCAUGCCUGCUGAUCUUCAACUGGGGACCACAGGAGCUCCAGUUUCCUUCCCCCCCUCGGCAAACACACAGAGGUCCCUUCCAAUCGCUGCUAAGCCGAACAGCCUCGGAGCAUUCAGGCAAACCAAUCACUUGGACCAAAUGGCUCCACAGCUGCAGAUGAGGACCCCCAGCCUGCCGAUGGGCCUGCAGGACCAAAGCGCUAACAGACAUAUAAACCCUGUGUUCAGCUUCCAGGCGAACCAGUGGAGCUCCUCCUCCGUCCCCAACCAAGCCACAUUUGCCGAAACAUACAACCAAAAUAUUUCAAACGCGUCCGGUUUCACCGUGGACGACACCAGCUGCUUACAGGGACACUUUGCACUUCAGAACAGCGAGAAUCAAAGAUGGCCGCCGGAGCCGCAGAUGAUCUCCAGCGGACACCAACAGAUGGGCGCCUGCCUCAACCAAAUGUCGGGCUUUCAGAGGAAUCCCCUCCCCGGGGUGGUGGCGAUGCAGAACGCGGUCAACGGCAGGCCGAUGUUCAGGACACCGGAGACUCCAAAUGUACCGUUUCCUGUUCAGCAGGUCAUGGAGCCGCCGCCUUCCAGUAGCUGCAUGUUCAGGAACACCCCCCCAACAUCAGUGCCUGUGAAUGGAGUGCACCUCACGCAGAGACUGAAGCCUGCCAGCAACCAGAUUCCCUUCAAGCCGUCGUGCUUCUACCAGGCGGGGGCCGUGCCGGGGAUGAAGGCGAUCCCGAACCCCGAUGAGGCGGUGCUGUCCUGCCAGAUGACGGCGGCUCUCGACCCAGACGGACUCCUGGUGCAGCAGCAGCCGUACCUGAACUUCAGUGAACAGACACAGAUCAACAGCCAUCCAGUGGUGGGUAAUGGAGGGUUUCCCUUCUCCUCCCUGCCCAACGGGAACGCAUACUACUCAGAGAACAAAUAGGAAACCAGGACGGCAGAGGAUCCUGACCCCACAGAAACACGGAUUAAAGGAAUCAGAUAGACUCAGAGAGUAUCAGAAUGAAAAACUGAAACGUGCCGGAGGAGGAGGAAGAUUGGACAAAACAGGACGCGAAUCCUUCCUCUUUUUUCCUCAUUAGGGAAACACGGAGGAAAGCUUUGUUUCAGGACGGAUGGCCUCUGAAGAAGAGGAGAAAUAACUGUUUGGAGUGUGUUGGAUUAUACCACGAAGAAAAGAUAAUGGAUUUCUUAAAUUGCGACUAAAUUGGAGACUUUUGGACAUGCCCACGUCUUGAUUUUCUGCCAGGGUUAUGGACUAACUCAUCGUAGGAGGAGGAGGGAAAAUUCAACAAAUCAACUCCUUCGUCCUAAUCCAAUUUUACUGUAGAAACACAGUAAAGUUGUUGAGUUUAAGAAUCUGGAGGACAGUGCUGCUUUACGCUGGCUAACCAAUGCAAAAGCGAUACAACAUGCGCAGAAAAAAGAAUACAGCCCAGCUAAAUGUUGCAUUGUUUUGUGAAGAAAUGCAUCAUUUUAUCUGCUGGAUCUCCUGAAGCACUUAAAAAAAGAGAAAUAUUUCACAUACAUUACAAAAAAGAGACCUUAAGGAUGAGGACGAAGUGGGCCUCAACUUACUUCCUGUUAAUCCUCUACCGUCAACCACCAUACUUGCUAAUUCUGAGCGCUCAGAAGGAUAAAAUAUAUCACAUUUUUUUUGUCGUUGCUGUUUUUGUCCUUUUGAAAGGCGUCUAGAUUUCGUUCAUUUCAACUCUUCACUGCGCAGACAGGGUAUUAAAAAGAAAACGCACAACAUAAUCAUCCUGCUAAGAAACAAUAUCACGAUUUAAAGAUGAGCGCUCAGAGAAAGCAGCUGCUUGUUAGUGCCUCUUUUAUAUAUUGUCAAAGCAUUCAGUCAGAGCUUUCCUCACUGAGCCAGUUCUUCGUUUUUCUUUUAUUAUAUAUUUCUGUUUGUUAUUUUCCUGUUGUAGGGAGAGAGAAAAAAUCAGCUGACGAGAAAAGUCACAUUUCCAGUGGGAAUAUUUGCUAAGAAAUUAACCAAACCUGCCUUUGCCUUAACUUCACAAAGCCCGUUUGUGAAAUAUUUGUGCACUAUUCCUUUAAAAGUGUUUGCCAAAGCAGAGAAAGUAAUUAGGAAAUCUUAGAAAAUGGAGCUUCUUUCCGAAUCCUCUGGAUAUUUAAUCAUUAUUAUGUCUUAUUGAGUAUAAGUUAAAUGAAAAAUAAAAAAUAAUUGUACUAAAUAGCCCCAGACUCACAGUAAAAGCUCACUGUCUUAAAGAAAAAUAAAUACCUUUUUUAAAGCAUGGAACAAAAUGUAAAUAUGAACCUGAAAAUGAGCAUAAUAAGCCCCCUUUAAAUAAGUAGAAUAUUCAGUCUGUCCAUAAGAAAACCGAAUGUGAGAGCAGACUUUUUAUUCACAUUUCCGUCCUCUUCCUCUUUCCUGUUUCUGUCCAUGUGGUUAAUUUAUGGCUCGGACGAUCGUGGAAUAUCGACGAUCGUCCCGCAGUGAAACAACACAGAAGUAAGAACAGUUAAAGGCAGCUAUUGUAUAUUUUAAAUAAGGAAAAAAAUGGAAACAAUGCUUAACAAGUGCCUUUUAAUUGACCUCUCUUUGAUUGUCUGUUUUUUAUUUUAAACAACCCGAUUCAGCACUUAGAUUGAAAACAAAACAUCUUGAGAAAGCCUUUGAAUUGCAAGAUGUGUGUUUUAUCAUCAGUACUGAGCCAUGAAAUCUGAUCUAAUUAAGUUUCACUAGUUAUCAGCACUUUUUCAUAACUCCUACAAUAAGAAGGUUUGAUUUUAUAAGCUGUAAUAGACAAAAGUAGUGACAGCAGACUUUAUUUGUGCCUUAAAUACCAAAAACACGAGUGAAUAAAGCCAUCUGUGAGUCUUUGUACUGCAGGAUACCAAAGGGAAAAAGAAAGAAAACUAAUAUUUAGUUUUAAAAUUCUACUUUCUAUGGAUCACUUCUACACAUGAACAGCAGGUAAUAGACCAGAGUGAUUGUAGUUGUGUAUGAAAAUGGAUUUAAUAUUCACAAAAUUACAAAUAUGCUGCAUUCAUGUCGCAUUUAAGUGCCUGGUAGUGAUGAUUUGUGGCAACCAGUGAGUUUUAGAAAGGCAUUCUGGGUAUUGUAGUAGUUUUUUAUGAUUGAUUUGGCUCGAUUUUCAUAAAAUAUUGUUUAAAACUCUUCAAAAAAUGUCCUGUUCUAUCAAAAAGAUAAGUUUCAUUCUAAUUUUGCUCAAAUUGUAUUGAAAAAAAAGUGAAAAACCUGUAUUAUACUCAUAAAUGUACCUAAUUACUGUAUGUAUUACAGUUAAUCUACACUUCUGGUUUAUUUAACUUAGUUUAUUAAGAAGUCUGAAAAUUGAGCCAUAUCUUUUGUAAAAAAAAUACAAGUGAAUUAGAAACAAUGCUAAAAUCCCAACCUGUUCAUUUCAACAGCAGAUUCACCAAAAUAAAACCAAUAAAAAAGACUCAGUACAAAAUGAGCGCUUGUUUUCAGAGGUGUGCGACUUUAACGCCUCUGUAAAAUUGCGGAUUGCUUUCAAUUCAAUCACAAAGUAUUCAUAUAGAAAUAUAAAAUAUAUCUUGUUGUUUGCACCUAGUUGGAAAGAAAAGCCUUACGUACUUAUCGUACUUUUAAAACCGUGGCUCCACAUUGCAGUAUCUUUGUGUACCUGUAUAUAAAUAUAUAUAUUUGUCUUUUUCUUUUGCAAAAUACGUAUUGCCCUAUACUGUGUAUUUUAUUGUUGCCUUAACCUGACUCACGCCUUCAUAAUUUUUUGUACAUUUUCUGCACAGCAUAUACAAAUGUUAACCUCUUGUUAUGAUGGUUUUUUUUGUAACUUUAAGCAUAUUGUAUCUUGUGGAUUUGCCUUCUAUAUUUUGCCUCUGACAGUGUAUUGAGUGUUUGAGUCAAUCUUGUCAUGCUCACCCUAUUAAAGGUGAUCUGAUCACA